AUGAACGUGUUAUCGGAAAGAAUGACGUCGCCAACGCAACGGAGAUCACCUUCCGACUCGUCGGCUGCAGAAGAUCAGCGAAUUGCGACAACUAUUGUCAGGGACUCGGGAAGUUCGAAAGAGAUUGAGGAGAGCCAAGCGGAUCCGUGCAGAGGAGCAUGGGGAAAUCAGAUUGAGUUUCUACUUUCCACAUUAGGAAUGGCUGUUGGACUUGGAAAUAUCUGGAGAUUUCCGACGAGAGCUUAUAAUAAUGGAGGAUCGGCUUUCCUGGAAUAG